AUGGAGCUAAAAAUUCUUGAUAAUAAGCUUCUUCACUUAUUACAUCAAGCUCAUAUUUUAGUGGGUAAUACAUUAGAGGAGAAUAAAGCAUGUUCAAUUCAUGAAAGGCUAAGAAUUAGAUUAGAUAAUUUCGAAUCUUUUAUAUGUGAAUCGUCCACAAAUGAACUUGAUUUAGCUGAAAUUGCAACAGACAAACAACCUGAGACACGAACCGAAAUUUCUUUUCUUGACGAAGAUUAUGUGCGAGAACAAUUCGUGGAAAAAUGUCUGGAAACUUUGGAAUUGUUACAAUAUACCCUUACAAAUAUUAAUGAUCUUAAAGGUGUCAGAGAUUUAAGGCUUAUUCAUACAAUGUUAGAAAUAGUUAUAACUUGGGGAGUCUAUCCUUGUUUAUUAUCAGGUGUUGGUGUUCCUCUCUCAAGGAGGACCAGAUCAGGAUAUAUUCAGAAUGAACUUUUGCAAGAUUUAUCAACUGAGGAAAAAAUUAUCAAAAAUAAAAAAACAUCUCCAUUUUCAUUAUACAGUCAAUUAUAUAAUUUAAUGAAAUCAUUAACAAAUAUUAUGUUUACUGAACAUCUUACGGAUGUAUACGCGGCGUUGUUACAAUUAGCUUAUGGACCUUUAUCAAAAAGGAAGCUUAUUGCAACCCCUCCUCAAAAUAACGACGAAAAACUUGUGAGUUCUAUAACUUCAGAAGUGACAAGAGAUUUGGAUGAAGGUGAAAUUGAGAGGAUGCACAAAGAGAGUAUAGAAAUGUUUCGAAAAGUUUUCGAGAGUGCUGAUUCUUUUCAAUCUCUGGAAGCUUUGACCAUGUUAUUGAGUUCCUCUACACUUCACCUAUCGCCUAAAUGGUUUAAAAGUGUCUGUGGUCGAUUUUUAUCACAGAUUUUGCUACGUCCGAAUGGAAUAAGGGAUGUUAUAGAUUUUAUGAUUGGGGGUGAAGGCGAAGUUAACUUAACUACAUUGGAGACAAUUUCCAAAUUAAUUCUAUCUGUUCCAAAUCAAGUAAAAUCCAUAGAAGUAAUUCAAUCGAUUUCUAAUUCUUCGGGAAAUUCUCCAUCAGCGAUACCGCCAAUUUCCAAUGUUUCUUCGUUUACCAUCGUAAGAAUGGCUAACAAAUAUCCAGCGUUGACCAAAAAGUUCGUAAUAACGAAAAUUUUUGGUCCACUAUGGAAAUGGUGGGGAAUCACUUCAGAAGAGCACAGUAAAAUUGUUCAAAACAAUUUUACCACAUCCUCUGAACUUGACCCAUUGAUGAUGAAUGAACAAACAUUACGAUCCAUUAUAACUGUUAUUCAUAGAAUCUUGGUUGGCAGUGAACCUGUACCUGAUUUGAUACACAUGUUUCUGGAGGAUUCAGUAGCGCCUUUAUAUCAUCUUUAUGCCUUUACUUCUACCGAAACAUUGAAGGAAAUUGUAUUUAGGAAAAAUAGAAAAUGGAGAGCUCCGGAGUUAGGAGAAGUAUGUGAAGUAUAUUUUGCUCCCGGAUCUUCUGGUGACGCAGUAAUGAGAUUGCGAUUAAAUGCACAGAGUUUAUCAGAUACGAAAACUUCAAUAGACGUUGAAAUUUUUAUAAAUUUCCUAAAAGUAAUCGCAAAUAAAGAUUUAUCCGGAGAUUUCUUUAUGUAUUUACUCACAGAAUAUACUUAUUCAUUAGCUCAAUACAAAGGAAAUUCAAGACGAAUUCUUACGUUAAUCAAUCUUGUUUUGGCAAUGAUUGAUUGCCUUGGUUCGUCCAUUUUACAGAAACCUGAACAAAUGGUUGCAUUCGUUAAUAACGUUCUCGAGGGUUAUCAUCGAAAGGAUGCCAAUCAGGAGGAACGAAAAGAAAGUAUAUUGGAUGAAUUAAGUAAUAUCGUUAAAGAUGAAGAUAGCAAUGAUGAAGCCUCUACCGAGGUUAAUGAUGAUGAAGAGUUAUUAUACCUAGCAUUAACACUUUUAUCAUCUUUGUUGGAAGAACAUAAAAACCUUUCAAUUCAGGAUUCAGUUUUUGAUAACUUGGAACUUCUUCAAAAUCAUUCAUCUCCUUCCAUUCAAUCAUUAACCCGUAAUAUUCGUUUAACUAUUUUAGCGCGUAAUGCCUCUAAAGCUUCAUCUUUUAAAUAUGAUUUAGAAGAAUCUAUGCGACGACAAGAAUCGCUAAAAAAAUACCAAGAGGCCAUGGACGCACUACAAGAUGAGAUUUUACCUAUAAAAGCUCGAGGAAUCUUAAUGCUUAAAGAAAUGAUACUUGAAAAAGAUCCAUUGAUGGAUAAUGAUGUGAAUUUAAAUGGAGUAUUGGAUAUCUUUAUACAAAUGGUUCAAGUUGAAGAAAGCUUUAUAUAUUUAAAUGCUGUCAAAGGAUUAUCCACAUUAACGGACGUUCAUGGAGAAAAGAUCAUGCGAAAACUGAUGGUAAUUUACUCGAAUGACAAGCAAAGUAUUGACAAUCGAUUACGUAUCGGGGAAGCAAUAUUACAAACUAUUCGAAGAUGUGGAGAAGCACUUGGAAAAUAUAUUGCAACUAUCUUUCCGCCACUUUUAAAUGUUCUAAACAAAGAUCAAAACGUAGACUUACGUGUAUCCGCUUUGAGUAUAAUUGGAUUUUCUUGUGAAACAUCUCCAUUAGCCCUAACAACAUGGUUUCGAGAUGUUGUUGAUUGGACUUUAAAUAUUCUGGAUAUUCAAAAGGAAGUCGAAGUUAGGAGAGCUUCACAUUCACAAAAUAUAUCUUUGAUUCCGUCAGAUUUAUUACAAAGGACUUAUCACACUUUACAAUAUAUUGAAGAAAUAGAUAAAGAUGAAUUAACUAGAUAUCAUGCUAGAGUUGGAAUUACAUUUUUAGAUUACCAAUGA